GCUGGAUAAAAAGGCUCGGCUGGCCGCCUCUGCACGCGCACUCGUCUCGAGUCUCGCGCCACAUAGUUGGGGUGUAACGCACGCGCAGCGUGCCCUCCGGAACCAUGUCCUCCCCUGCGCGUACUGACCUGGGCCGGGCGCUGUGUAUCAUCACCGGGGCCUCCAGAGGCUUUGGUCGGACCGUAGCGAGAGAGAUGUCUCGGUUGUUAAAGCCGGGCUCCGCUCUCGUCCUGACGGCCCGUUCCGUCGAUGAGCUGCGGGCUCUGCAGGCCGAGCUGGCCGAGUCCGAGGCAGGCCGAGCGGGGCUGCUGGUCGAGUGUGUGGUAGCAGAUCUGAGUGAGGCGGACGGACUGGAGAGCAUCGUUAAAGCGUCCAAAGUGGCCUUCUCCGAGGACAUGGACCAUGUGCUGCUGGUCAACAACGCCGCGUCGCUGGGGGACGUGUCUCGCUAUGCCAAAAGCUUCACCGACAUGGCGGAGGUGGACUCUUACUUGUCUGUAAACGUCAGCUCCUCCCUGUGCCUCACUGCCAGCGUCCUGCAGGCCUUCCCACAGCGUCCAGGUCAGCUGCGCACCGUGGUCAACAUCUCCUCGUUGUGCGCUCUGCAGCCUUUCCGCUCCUGGGUGCUGUACUGCACCGGUAAGGCCGCCCGAGAUAUGAUGUUCAGGGUGCUGGCCGAAGAGGAGCCGGACGUCCGGGUGCUCAACUACGCCCCAGGGCCUCUGGACACAGCCAUGCAGACUGUGGCCAGAUCCAGAACGGCCGAUCCCGACGUCAGGAAGUCCUUUUCAGACAUGUUCGCUCAGGGCCAGCUGCUCACCUGUGAGGCGUCUUGUAGCAAGCUGAUGAAGCUCCUCCUGGAAGACGGCUACACAACGGGAGCUCACAUCGACGUCUAUGACGUGUAGACACAGCGCGACUGCCUACACAUUAUGUCCUUGAUUUAGAUGCAAAUUAUUUCUGAUUUAUCUUCCAUUUCCCUCCCGCACUACAGUUUGAAGUGGGUAGAUAUAGACUCUGUAUGAACGGUCAGUCCUCUGUAGGUUGUAGCCUUCUAUAUUGAAAUGGACCAAUAUGAAAGCCUGUAUAUCCAAAUGAUGUUCAACAAGUGGGUGUACAAAACAUUCCAGAGCUCCAGUUAGUUCCCUGCACAGCCAGGAGAGUAGAAGUGUGUGACAACUGACCUUUGUCCCCACGUUGGUGUGUGUGUUAGAUGAUUGGCGGGUGUGCUGGAAGCUAGAGGGGAGGGCCGGCAGUGAGGCCUAGUGUUUGGGCAGGGGAUGAUGUCAGCAGUGACAUCAUCAGGUUGGACCAGGUAUACGGGGGAGGGUGUCAUAAUGGGUGUCACCUGUGCACAUGGUGCAACCUGGGGCGGGUUGAUUGACGGCGCUAUAAAGGCUGAGGACAAAAUGACUGCUGGGGGGAAAAUGGUGGAAUCUCCGUGUAGCUGAGCCGUGUUAGACGGGGUUAUGUGGAGUUGAUUCAGUUAAUGAUUUAGGUUUUGUUUGGUUGUUUAAUGAGACGUGUAUCAGGAACCUUCCUUUUUUUUACAAAUAAAGAAAGCUUCUUUUUUACCUGGACCAGGUCUCACUUGCCUGCCUCCUAAUUCCAGGAUUCCUCGGGCGUGCUCUCCUCACAAAGUGGAAGGUAACGCCUCAGUAGAACAUCUGCAGAGUAAAGGACACCAUUUGUAAACGUUCAAGGGAAGAGUCAUCUCCAGCUCACACGGCGUGCAGUCCUUGGACAUCACGUUCAUUGAUUUUUAUAUUUAAAGCAGUGUAAAUGAUAAACAUACAAUAAAUCAAAUCUGAAAAUCACCAAUAAA